UUAGGGAGUAUUCAGCUCAGGCUUGCUGGCUUAUACUUAAAUACCCGUUCCGGGGUUAAUCGCUUUUGUACCGUACUCGUACAUGUACCGAUACGUUCUAUUUCAAUAAAAUUAUUUGUUCCACGGGCAAUCUCUGUUUGAUUCGAUUCAGCAAACAGUGUGCGUAAGAGACACAAUAGAUCAGGACGAAACCGAGCUAACAUGUACUGGUAGCCAGCCAUGUUCCCUCAAAUCCGCGUCCGGGCCAAAGGGUCUCCAGUCUCCAAUCAUGAGGUCAUGCGGUAAAGCCUCAUCUUUCCGUAAUAAUAUUCUUUAGAAGGGAUUUUCACAAGUGCCAUUUACGACGCACUGUACUACAUAGAGGCCAUGUGCCUCGGCUGGUGUUGCCGUACAUCGGGGGUAGGAAACAUUGUUGGUCCAGGUUCAGGGUUGAUCCAGGACUGGGGCCCGGGGAGAGUUGGGCGAGUUGCCCUGUACCGUAGCCCCUGGAGUUGGUCCACUUGUAGGUUUUGAUGUUGGGUCAUCUAGCUAGCUAGAGACUUCCUGCUGCCAUGUUGGCCGCAGCUGCCUCCAAGGUGCUCUAUGCCUGCGCCUCGCCCACCACCAGUCCGCCCCUUUUUACAACCAUACCAAAGUACUUGCUGAAAGUUUGCCAGCUCCAAGUGUCCGCCGAGUCGAGUCCUACUAGUACGUGCCGUAUCUUUUCUAUGCUCUGGCUGGAUGGUUUUAGCCUCCAGGAUCUCAUCAGCUACCUUAUAGCUCUACUCCGAUUGCCAUCCGCAUCCCUCCAUCGCUCCAGCGAACCGUUGCCAUGGCUUGGCCCAGCUGGCCCUGGAAGAGGUCUGGAGAAUCAGACUUAGAGUAGCUCAGGAUACUCAAUCAGAGAUUUAAUGUACACUGCAAGCCGGGCUACUUUCCAAUAAAGAACAGCUUUGAAAAGGAAGACGUCAUCCAGCGAGGAAAGAGCGCCUCUCCGUCCUCGUUUCCUUCGCCCUCGGUCUGCUUUUGGCCACCCGUUACAACUGCUGCAAGUCUCAAUCAAUCGGAAGAGGUAUCAUACCGGUAGCACGAAGACACUAUCCAUCAAGGCAUCCAAACUUGCUUUCAAUAAUAGAGAUUGCUGUGUCGGGCUUGUGAAUAGCAAUCACAGAAAGCAACAAUAAACUCAAUCAAAUAGCACUCAAUACCGGUGGCAAUUAAUAUUGAUCAAUAAUGGCUGAGGAUGCAGAUGAAGUCAAGGCACGCCUUCGAGAGAAGAUUCGUAAUCAGGCCGCAGCGCUGCUCUUCAAGGCUGACAACGUGAUCAACAAGGUCAAGCGAGAAGAGAAGGACGACGCAGAAGCAGCUGAAGGAGAAGGCAAUGGCGCCUCUGCUGGUUCACCAAGCCAACGGACAUCUAUAACUGUCGGAGACGCAGAGCCAAGACGCAGCUCUCUCAGGGCGGCCAGACCCAGCGUCGCAAGUACCAAUGAAAGCGACGAAUUAACGAAACGUCUGCAAAAGCUGGCUCUAGAGCGACAAAAACAAAACAAGGGCGAUCGACUCAAGGUUAUUCAGUCGGACACCAAUUCGCAUCUGUCUUCAGUCAAGACGUUUCAAGACCUCAAUUUACCCAAACACUUGCUGGAUGCCAUUUUCACCAUGGGCUUUGAUCGGCCCUCUGCUAUUCAAGAGGAAGCGUUGCCUCGAAUUUUGGCAGAUCCCCCACGAAAUGUGAUUGGUCAAGCCCAAUCUGGUAGUGGAAAAACUGCUGCUUUUACUCUUGGAAUGCUCUACCGUAUUGACGUGGAUGCACCCGCAUCAACUCAGGCGCUUUGUGUUACCCCCACACGAGAAUUAGCCAUUCAGAUUUUCGAAAAGGCAGUCAAGCCAAUGGCGGCCAAUAUGGCUGGCUUGAAAGUGCAGCUGGCUGUGGCUGGCACUCAUUUCGAAAAGGGACAAAAGUGUGAUGCACACAUCAUCAUUGGUACACCAGGAAAGGUCGUGGAUUGGAUGAAACGUCGACUCUUCAACGCCAAGACUAUCAAAGUGUUUGUUUUGGACGAAGCGGAUUCUAUGAUUGAGGAGGGAGGACAUCGUGCCAACUCGUUGCUCAUUAAGAAGAAUUUGCACAAGAAGUGCCAGAGUCUUUUCUUCAGUGCCACCUUUCCACCGGAGGUUGUUGCAUUUGCUGGAAAGAUGGUCGAUAAUCCGGAUAGAAUUUUGAUUGAAGAAGGUGACGAGUUUUUGGUUGUGGAUGUCAUCAAACAGCUGUGGGUGGACACGAGAGAUUACAACGGAGGAAAAUUGGAAUUCUUGGCAGAUAUUUAUUCACUCCUUACUAUCGGGCAGAGCAUUGUCUUUGUUGGAACAAAACGUGACGCUGACACUGUGCAUCAAACCUUGUCGGAUUCUGGGUACACGUGCUCUGUUUUGCAUGGAGGCGUGGACGGGGCAGAACGUGACGCCACUAUGCUUGCCUUCCGAAACGGUGAAUCCAAUGUACUCAUUACAACCAACGUUUUGGCUCGUGGAGUGGAUGUAGACAAUGUCUGUUUGGUUGUGAAUUAUGAUGUCCCUGUGGACAAGGAUCAAAUGCCAGAUUUCGAGACAUAUUUACAUCGUAUUGGGCGAACAGGACGCUUUGGAAGGAGGGAACAGCAAUCAAUCUUAUUGGUGACCAGCGAUCUUUGGAAGUCCUGGCAGCUAUUGAGGAUCACUUUUCUAUGGAUGGCCAGGAAAUGAUUGCGCAGGCUACAGCUGAUCCAGAAAGUUUGGCGGAUAUGAUAGAGAUUUAAAAACGACACUGCCGCCGCAGUCAAACAACAACAAAAACAAACUGGUGAUAGCUGCAAUGGACAAUCUAUUUUAUUUUUAAUGCAAAAUGUAACAUGCUAUGACUCUUUGUGUUAGCGAAGGCGCAGGCGAGGAAACCCAUUUUAAUUAAUAGAAAUAUUUUUGCCCAAGAAAGUAGCUCC